AAUAUGUAACAGCUCCAGUGGAAAGAAGAAACAACGCCUUUCUCGACACACUUUCUUCUGCAGCAAAACACGUUAGCUGCCAUCUAGGCCAAUCUGACGCUUUCAAAGAUACAUGAGUCCUACCUGCCAAUACGGUGUCGGCGAGAUCAUACUUGGAAAUGAACUUUGGAAAGUCCUUCAACUUUCUCCCGUUCAGUCGGAGUUCACCCGUGACUUGCGCCUCUUCGAAGACCCGCUCCAGCGUCCUCGUUAGCUGUUGAUUACUAUUUUGACAGGUUCCCAAAGCGGUUGUCGCCAUUGGGGCGUCCGCCGCCCGCUUUACCGCAUGUUUCUCCGUAAGAAUCAAAAAUACAUAUAAAAAGAAAUCGAGAAUAUAACCAAAGACUACAAUGCUGCGGCUACCGCUUCACGGCUUCACCGCUUACCGUCUGCUUCGUCUGUAUUGUUUACGAAUGGCAGCGAAAGAGCCAGCUAGCGAACCUUCCGGCGAUGAUGGGGAAUCUCAUGUGUUGCGGAAGAGCUAUGAAUAUCAGCUGAAAGAAGAACAAGACAACGAAGAGGAGCCUCAUGCUGAGACGGACGCUGAAACUGCCACACAUUUGCAAGACAAGAGUCACAAGCAGGGCUACGUGCCUAGCAACGGUUGCCAAGAGACUCUGUCAACUCAAAAGGCGGCCUGGAAGAAAGUUCGACACAAACUCGCGCGUCACAAACGACGUAAAAGGAGAAAAGAUGAAGCAACAGUGCAAGAAACAGUUGAAGAGAUGGAAGUACAUAAGACGUCGACAACCGUGGACAUCGAUGUUCUCAAUUCGGGACCUGAAGCAGACGAUAAUCAAGAAGCAGAAAUAAUUCUUACACCCGAGAAACUCGAACAGAAAAGCGUAUCAAGCGGAAAACUUUAUGUUGAAGAAGGAUACCGGUUCCGAGCGAUAGACUAUACAAGAAAUGAAGAUCUGGUGCUACGCAAAAGAGAACACACCCCACUGGAAACUGCACUGACACUGCAGAGAGCAUUUUGCAGAUUAGCCACCUUUUGCCAGGGAAUUCUCGCAGGGGUGGCCCUCUGGCAAUGCUUAGUGCCUUUUCAACUUGACAGAGUGUACGACGCUCUGCUCUACUUGCUAACGGUGGUGUGCCUCAUACAAGCACUUGACAGUAUGGACAUAGCCAGUUGGAGAGUCAGAAAACGUGCCAAUAUUUCACCACUGGUGGUUGUCCUCAUCUAUGUAGUGCUGCUGCUGCUGCAUUUGGGUACAUCCACAUACACGGAUAAGUCGUGCACCGCACAACCCUUGGCCAAAGUGAAGCAUUCUCAGUGGGUGAACAUUGGCCAUUGCAUUGGAGCUCUUCUCGGAUGGGGGUUGGUGGCUUUCUCUUCACCAGAGCAACACAUGCUCAGACAUCUACAAGAAGUCAAUUACUGAUGGACUGGUGCUGUUCUGCUGUUAUGUGCAGCAGUGAUGCUUACACCAACAUUUUUAGCACAUCCAAUGUUCAUGUACAAUCCUAUGUUGGCUCAAUGCAGCUCCUCCAAAGAUGAAAAAACAAUAAGGACAGAAUGUGAAUUAUAACGUUUUUGUCUUUUUUUUCCCUUCCUCUCAAUUUCUCAUACACAAUUCGCCUCCUUUGC